UUUUUUCUGUUCUGAAGUAUUGUACCUUGGCAACUACAGCCUGGGACGACAGCUGAGCUGGCCGGGAGGGCAAUCUGAGCGUCUGGACCGAGAGGCCGGAGACGGCGCCUUUUUCGAUCUGCCGAGGUCACGGUAGAUAUGAGAUAAGACUAAAGCCCAAGAGGGAAAGUGAUCUCUCCAAAGUCACAAAAUAAUUGGUAGCGCUAAAUAAGAAUCUAAGCCUGUAACUGCAGAGACCGAAGAGCUUUCUAUUACACUCCUGGGAAAGAGAUCCUAAGAUCUUUGUACAUUAUCUUGUGGGAGGAAAAUGCCUAAAGUCAAAAGAAGCAGGAAAGCUCCCCCAGAUGGCUGGGAGUUGAUUGAGCCAACACUGGAUGAAUUAGAUCAAAAGAUGAGAGAAGCUGAAACAGAACCUCAUGAGGGAAAGAGAAAAGUGGAAUCUCUGUGGCCCAUCUUCAGGAUCCACCACCAGAAAACCCGCUAUAUCUUUGAUCUCUUUUAUAAGCGGAAAGCCAUAAGCAGAGAACUCUAUGAAUAUUGUAUUAAAGAAGGUUAUGCAGACAAAAACUUGAUUGCAAAGUGGAAAAAGCAGGGAUAUGAGAACUUGUGCUGUCUGCGGUGCAUUCAGACUCGGGACACCAAUUUUGGAACUAACUGCAUUUGCCGGGUUCCUAAAAGCAAGCUGGAAGUGGGCCGCAUCAUCGAGUGUACACACUGUGGCUGUCGGGGCUGCUCUGGCUGAGGCCAUAGGCCUGGCCCCUCUCCACCCUGGACUUCGGACCUUGCAGGCUUCUGCAUAUCCUGCCACGGCUUCUUGGGAGCAGCUCGUCAGCAGUGCCUCAGGAGUGAGUUGGAGCACCUCUAUAGGUGAAGGCUUUGGUUUUCACCAGAUGUGAUUUAUAAAAAUAAAACGUUGAAACCUCU